AUGAACAGAAACAGCAUUGAGGAUCAGGAGGACAGGGUAACAUUAUCAAAAGAGAUCAGCUGCUCACCAGUGGUGCUCAAACUGAUGUUGAUGAUGUUUCUGCAUGUGUUUCUCCUCAUCUGUGCUUUUCCCCCUUCAGCUGCUGAAGGCCGACUGAGACAGUUCUACAGACUGGAGAAUAGAGUUCGGAUAGAAGUUGCUGUGAAUCAAUGCAGAACAAUCUACACUGACCUCGUCACAGUUUAUGACCAACAGGAGAAUAUUAAACUAUUUCAACUGAUCAAGAACAGCAGCACUCCAAUUGGCUGGAUUGGUGCUUAUAGAGGAAACUACAGUCUGAAAUGGUCAAAUGGUGAUGAAGUUUCAUACAGCAGAUAUUCUCCAAGCUAUUCUGAUCAAACACGCUGUGCUGCUAUGAAUGCUAAUGGAGAUUGGGAUUUUAUCCUAUGCAAUGAGACAAAACACUUUAUGUGCUAUAAACAAGAAGCUGGAGGAUCAUCAUACAUCUACUCAUUAAUCCUUCAAAAUAAAAACUGGUCUGAUGCUCAGCUUUACUGCAGAGAGAAUCACACUGAUUUAGUCACUAUCAGAAAUGAGGAGGAAAAUAACCUGGUGAUGAACAAAGGAAAACAGAGUAAUACUCCUUUCUGGAUCGGCCUGCUGAACGACAGUGUGGACUGGAGAGAUGGAGGACGAUCUGCUUACAGAAACUGGAUUCAGAACGCUGAUCAGAGCAAAACUAUUGCUCACAUAGGCCCCCCUGAUGGAAAAUGGUUUAAAGCUAAUAAUGGGAGCUACUAUCCUCUGUGUUACAAGAGCUUCAUUCAUGUGAGUCCUGCUGAAAUGUCCUGGGAAGAUGCUAUGAAUUACUGCAGCGCUCACUUUUCUAGAGCGCUGUGUCUGGAGUCUGAGAACGAUCAGACAGAAACGCAGCGAGAGUUAAACAGAAAUAAUAUCUCUGCUCCAGUUUGGGUGGGUCUCAGACAGAGUCUGCUUUUCGGAUUCUGGAUGUGGAUCAAUGGUCUUCAAGUGGGAAACUGGACAAACUGGAAAGGAGGAAUGGCUCCUGAAGCUGCACUCUCUCAACACUGCGCUGCCAUGGAGAAGGUGAAUGGACAAUACACACUGAGUGAUAAAGACUGUAUGACUAAAUAUAGAGUUUUAUGUGAGAAAUAUUGUGUUCCUGGAUCAACAAUCCAAUCAACCACUCCUUCUACCGAUAAGGAUAACGGUUAAAUUUGAAUUACGAUUAGGUUUCUAUUAAUAUUCAGCUAUUUGUUUCCUAUGAUUUGAUAUUCAUGAUUAGACGUAGGUUUAAAGGUUUUUAGACAUAAAUGCUGAUUGAAUUAUAUGGAUCUAAAAUAAUUUCUUUGGCAGGAUCACUGUCAGGGGAACUAUUAUUAUUUAACAAUUUAACUUUGCUGUACUGUUUUGUUUACCUCUGAUCUCUUUCUAAUUAUUGGUUGUCAUUUCUAUAAGCCGUGUGUACAGUUUGAUACAUUCAUAUUUUAAU